AUACUUAAAACUAUUGUAUUAUCGCUAUAGUCUUUUCCCCGCAAGUGACUUUUCCAACACUUAUAUCAUUAGCUUAACCCAAAUAAACAGAGAGAUGUUUGGAGUAAUUGUUCCAGGUAAAAUGGUUCAAACUGAACUUGUCCAAAUAUCUGAAAAUCAAAUAGUCUGCAAUAUUCCUGACCACGAGAAUGUUCAUCACAUUGUCGUAUUUUUGACCGGACAAACACCAAUACCUGACAAUUACGGAGCAGCCAUCUAUCUUAGCUGGCCUGGUAGUGGUUCCGAGCAAAGUUGGACUUUGUUGGGACACGUAACCAAUGAGAAGCCGAGUGCAAUGUUUAAAAUAAGCGGCGUAAAACCGAAAGAAUCGGGUAAUGGGAUGAAUUCUGUUGCUAUGUCGUCAACCUGUGCUCAACUUGGUAUAGCAAUUGAAAGUGCAGCAGAAAUAUAUAAUCAAACUCCGGCUAGUAAUACAGUUCCAUCAAACUUAGCGAAUUUUCAAGAAUUCUCGUUCAAGAUGUGCGAGAACUUAUUUAACUAUAUUUCCUCUUUUAGUAUUAAAAGGGAGCAAAUACACUUUGCAGCAUCAGAGACCUUUGUCCCAAUGUCAGCUCUGCAAGGGUGGUAUAAAAAUUUCCUAAGAAAGAUUGAUAAUGAUCCAAAUUUCUGGAAAUCUUAAAAUACUUCAACAUUAUCAAAUUCAAAGAGAUAUUUUGAACGUUCAUUUAUAAAAACAAUUCAAAAACGAAAGAAAGAAAGAAAAAGACAGUAAAAAGAAAAUAAUUGUUUCUUUUUUAUAAUGUAUCCUUAGUUAAGUAGGUCAUCUUACCUUUAAUUUUGGGUUUUUUUGGUUUGAGAUUCUUUUUUUCUUUUUUGAAGAAAUGUUGAAAGAUUUAAAUUUUAAUAAAAAUUAUUAUAAAUGAAAGAA